UCCCUCUAAAAGCACUCUGUGUGGGGAACAUGACAGCCAGACCAAAGCUCAGAGGGUCCUUUGAGAGUGACCGGUCGAAUCAUCGCUUCAUUGAUUUUAAAGGAAGACAUCCCUCUGCUGCAAAGAGGAGGAAGCUGGAAAAACCAGACCCCAGCGUUGUGUCCAUGAGGAGUGACUCAUCUAUGCGUCAUCCUAUAACCUUCAAAGACAGAUGUCACUCUGUUGAUCGAAGAGUCCACCAGGAGAGCUCAGAGGUUCCCAGUGGUCAGUCUGCCCAGCAGCAUCAAACACACCUGGACUCCAUAUUUAUGCUGCUGGAGGAGAACAUUGUCACUUUUGUGAAGAACGAGCUGAAGAAGAUCCAGAAGGGUCUGAUUUCAGAUUAUCCAGAAUGCUUAGAGAGUCAGAGGGAGGAUGAGGAGGUGUUGGACGGUGAGGAGGAAGAGCAGAGGAGGAGCAGCAGAGAGGCAUUUCUGAAGAUCACACUUCACUUCCUGAGGGGAAUGAAGCAGGAGGAGCUGGCUGAGCUUCUGGAGAGCGGAAGUCAUUCUGCAGUUUGUCAGCGUAAACUCAAGUCUAACAUGAAGAAGAAGUUCCAGUGUGUGUUUGAGGGGAUUGCUAAAGCAGGAAACCCAACCCUUCUGAACCAGAUCUACACAGAGCUCUACAUCACAGAGGGAGGGACUGCAGAGGUCAAUGAUGAACAUGAGGUCAGACAGAUUGAAACAUCAUCCAGGAAACCAGACAGACCAGAAACAACCAUCAGACAAGAAGACAUCUUUAAAGCAUCACCUGGAAGAGAUGAACCAAUCAGAACAGUGAUGACAAAGGGAGUGGCUGGCAUUGGGAAAACAGUCUUAACGCAGAAGUUCACUCUGGACUGGGCUGAAGACAAAGCCAACCAGGACAUACAGUUCAUAUUUCCAUUCACUUUCAGAGAGCUGAAUGUGCUGAAAGAGAAAAAGUACAGCUUGGUGGAACUUGUUCAUCACUUCUUUCCUGAAACCAAAGAAGCAGGAAUCUGCAGCUUUGAAGAGUUCCAAGUUGUGUUCAUCUUUGACGGUCUGGAUGAGUGUCGACUUCCUCUGGACUUCCACAACAAUGAUGUCCUGACUGAUGUUACAGAGUCCACCUCAGUGGAUGUGCUGCUGACAAACCUCAUCAGGGGGAACCUGCUUCCCUCUGCUCACCUCUGGAUAACCACACGACCUGCAGCAGCCAAUCAGAUCCCUCCUGAGUAUGUUGACAUGGUGACAGAGGUCAGAGGGUUCACUGCUCCCCAGAAGGAGGAGUACUUCAGGAAGAGAUUCAGAGAUGAGGAGCAGGCCAGCAGAAUCAUCUCCCACAUCAAGACAUCACGAAGCCUCCACAUCAUGUGCCACAUCCCAGUCUUCUGCUGGAUCACUGCUACAGUUCUGGAGGAGGUGUUGAAGACCAGAGAGGGAGGAGAGCUGCCCAAGACCCUGACUGAGAUGUACAUCCACUUCCUGGUGGUUCAGUCCAAACUGAAGAACGUCAAGUAUGAUGGAGGAGCUGAGACAGAUCCACAUUGGAGUCCAGAGAGCAGGAAGAUGAUUGAGUCUCUGGGAAAACUGGCUUUUGAGGAGCUGCAGAAAGGCAACCUGAUCUUCUAUGAAUCAGACCUGACAGAGUGUGGCAUCGAUAUCAGAGCAGCCUCGGUGUACUCAGGAGUGUUCACACAGAUCUUUAAAGAGGAGAGAGGGCUGUACCAGGACAAGGUGUUCUGCUUCGUCCAUCUGAGCGUUCAGGAGUUUCUGGCUGCUCUUCAUGUCCAUCUGACCUUCAUCAACUCUGGUGUCAACCUGCUGGCAGAAGAACAAUCAACCUCCCAGAAGUCUGAAACAAGAAAAGAUGAAUCUGCAGUGACAAAACUCUACCAGAGUGCUGUGGACAAGGCCUUAAAGAGUCCAAAUGGACACCUGGACUUGUUCCUUCGCUUCCUCCUGGGUCUUUCACUGCAGACCAAUCAGAAUCUCCUAAGAGGCCUGCUGACACAGACACGAGGUGGCUCAGGAACCAAUAAGGUAACACUCGAGUACAUCAAGAAGAAGAUUAAAGAGACUCCUUCUGCAGAGAAAAGCAUCAAUCUGUUCCACUGUCUGAAUGAACUGAAGGAUAGUUCUCUAGUGGAUCAGAUCCAACAGUCCCUGAGUUCAGGAAGUCUCUCCACAGAUGAACUCUCUCCUGCUCAGUGGUCAGCUCUGGUCUUCAUCUUACUGUCAUCAGAAAAAGAUCUGGACGUGUUUGACCUGAAGAAAUACUCUGCUUCAGAGGAGGCUCUUCUGAGGCUGCUGCCAGUGGUCAAAGCUUCCAAGAAAGCUCUACUGAGUGUCUGUAACCUCUCAGAGAGAAGCUGUGAAGCUCUCUCCUCAGUUCUCAGCUCCAAGUCUUCUAAUCUGAGAGAGCUGGACGUGAGUAACAACAACCUGCAGGAUUCAGGAGUAAAGCUGUUGUCUGCCGGACUGGAGAGUCCACACUGUACACUGGAAACCCUAAGAUUGUGGGGCUGCAGUUUGCCAGAGAUCAGCUGUGCUUCUCUGGCCUCAGCUCUGAAGUCCAACCCCUCCCAUCUGAGAGAGCUGGACCUGAGUAACAACAAGCUGCAGGAUUCAGGAGUGAAACUGCUGUCUGCUGGACUGGAGAGUCCACACUGUAGACUGGAGACUCUGAGAUUGGGGCACUGCAGUUUGUCAGAGAUCAGCUGUGAUUCUCUGGCCUCAGCACUGAAGUCCGACCCCUCCCAUCUGAGAGAGUUGGACCUGAGCUACAACAAGCUGCGGGAUUCAGGAGUGAAGCUGCUGUCAGCUGGACUGGAGAGUCCACAUUGUAGACUGGUGACUCUAAGAUUGAGUUUCUGCAGUUUGUCAGAGAUCAGCUGUGCUUCUCUGGCCUCAGCUAUGAAGUCCAACCUCUCCCAUCUGAGAGAGCUGGAGCUGACAGGAAACAACCUGCAGGAUUCAGGAGUGAAGCUGCUGUGUGGUUUUCUGGAGAGUCCACACUGCAGACUGGAGACUCUGAGAUUGGAGAGCUGCAGUUUGUCAGAGAUCAGCUGUGCUUCUCUGGCCUCAGCUCUGAAGUCCAACCCCUCCCAUCUGAGAGAGCUGGAGCUGAACUACAACGAGCUGCAGGAUUCAGGUGUGAAGCUGCUGUGUGGUUUUCUGGAGGAUCCACGCUGCAGACUGGAGACUCUGAGAUUGAGGUGGUGCAGUUUGUCAGAGAUCAGUUGUGCUUCUCUGGCCUCAGCUCUGAAGUCCAACCCCUCCAAUCUGAGAGAGCUGGACCUGAGUAACAACUACCUGCAGGAUUCAGGUGUGAAGCUGCUGUGUGGUUUUCUGGAGGAUCCACACUGCAGACUGGAGACUCUGAGAUUGAGGCGCUGCAGUUUGUCAGAGAUCAGCUGUGCUUCUCUGGCCUCAGCUCUGAAGUCCAACCCCUCCCAUCUGAGAGAGCUGGACCUGAGUGACAAAAAGCUGCAGGAUUCAGGAGUGAAGCAGCUGUCUGAUCUGAAGGAGAGUCCACACUGCAGACUGGAGAUUCUGAGAUGGAAUCCAGUUAGGUAAACAUGAGAAAGGUGGAGGUGUUCAGAGAGGAUCUGCUGUGUCCUGAUGAUCCAGAGAGGUUGAAGCAGCAGCAUCAGCUUGUGUGUGGAGAGGCUCUGACUGGGCCAUGUUACUGGGAGGUAGAGUGGAGAGGAGAGCUUCAUCCAGCAGUGACUGACAGAGGAAUCC